AUGGGGAUCACUAUAUCAAAUGCACGGGGGAUGUAUUGGAGGAUCUUAGGGUCGGGCAGUAAUGAGGGGGACGAGCCUGCCACAGGGUCGACUCCUAUUAGGGCCUUGAAAGUGGGGUUUGGUGUGUUUUUAUGUGAUUUUUUAUCGAAAUUUUCUCCCAAUGCUAAGGCGAAUGCGGAUUUGCCACCUCUGCUAUGGCCCGAGAGAGCUAGUUUUUCUAUGUCUCCAUCGACACUUUUGGGCAGCACGAGUGGGAGUCCCGUGGAUAGCCAGAGCAACAACGAUGUAGCCAUGGGAAGCUAUGUGUUCGAAGAGGCUGGUGUAAUUCGUGUUGGCGACCAUGAAGCCGUGACAAAAGAGCAACACUGGAUAAGUUCCCUUUUGGACAGUGUUCAUGCUGCUGCUGCUGCUCUUAUAGAAAAACCAUUGGUAGAGAAAGUCCCGCAUUUUAAUCAUGAUUUCCUUAUUUGUUCCACUUAUUUUGGUUUUUGA